GCCAAGACUGAAACGAGGGGGUUAAGGCUAAAAGAUCUGUUGCUGUGAGUGGCAUUGUAGGGAGUUGCUCAAUACUUCUCAUUUGAGCAGGCCAUUACAAAAAAAAAAAAAAAGAUGCAUUAGCUCGCUACCCAGAAACUCUUCCUUAUUCCUCUGAAUGCUGCUAAACCUAUUGACUGACUUCAGACGCGCGAUCCAGAUAUCCCUGCACUUUGAAUGAUUUGGACAUAAUGACAGCUGAAGAUUCCGCUGCUAGAAUGAGUAACGAUUCUUCCAGUAUGCAGACAAAUAAAGUCCCUGAAGGUGUAGCUGGUGCACCUAAUGAGGCUGCACUACUGCAACUAAUAGAGCGCACGGGAUAUACCAUGGUUCAAGAGAAUGGGCAGCGCAAGUAUGGUGGACCACCUCCAGGCUGGGAAGGGCUGCAUCCUCCACGUGGAUGCGAAGUCUUUGUUGGUAAAAUUCCUCGUGAUGUCUAUGAGGAUGAGCUAGUCCCUGUGUUUGAGUCUGCAGGACGGAUCUAUGAAAUGCGCCUGAUGAUGGACUUUGAUGGGAAAAACCGUGGCUAUGCCUUUGUAAUGUACACUCAAAAAUAUGAAGCCAAACGUGCUGUCAAAGAACUGAACAACUAUGAAAUCCGCCCUGGUAGGCUGUUAGGUGUGUGUUGCAGUGUUGAUAACUGCAGAUUGUUCAUUGGAGGAAUCCCCAAGAUGAAAAAACGAGAAGAGAUUUUAGAAGAGAUUUCCAAGGUGACUGAUGGUGUGCUAGAUGUCAUUGUAUAUGCCAGUGCAGCAGACAAGAUGAAAAACAGAGGAUUUGCCUUUGUAGAGUAUGAAAGCCACAGAGCAGCUGCUAUGGCAAGGAGGAAACUGAUGCCUGGGAGAAUCCAACUUUGGGGCCACCAGAUUGCUGUUGAUUGGGCAGAACCAGAAAUAGAUGUUGAUGAAGAUGUCAUGGAGACUGUAAAAAUCCUAUAUGUGAGGAAUUUAAUGAUUGAAACCACAGAGGAUACAAUUAAAAAGGUUUUUGGCCAGUUUAACCCUGGCUGUGUAGAACGGGUUAAAAAAAUUCGAGAUUAUGCCUUUGUACACUUCGCAAGCCGGGAAGAUGCAGUUCAUGCCAUGAAUAACCUCAACAGCACUGAGCUGGAAGGAUCCUGCCUGGAAGUUACCUUAGCCAAGCCAGUAGACAAAGAGCAGUACACCCGUUACCAGAAAGCAGCUAAAGGAGGAGGAACAACUGAAGUUACUCAGCAGCCUAAUUAUGUUUACUCUUGUGAUCCAUACACCCUAGCGUAUUAUGGAUACCCAUACAAUGCUCUUAUUGGUCCAAAUCGAGAAUAUUUUGUGAAAGCAGGCAGCGUUAGAGGCAGAGGACGAGGUGCAGCGGGCAACAGAGUGCCCGGCCCAAGAGGUUCGUACCUAGGGGGAUAUUCUGCAGGCCGCGGCAUAUAUAGCAGAUAUCAUGAAGGGAAAGGAAAACAGCAAGAAAAAGGAUAUGAGCUUGUACCCAAUUUGGAAUUGCCAACUGUCAGCCCAGUUGCCAUUAAACCUGGCACAGUGGCAAUCCCAACUAUUGGUACCCAGUAUUCCAUGUUCCAAGCAGCUCCAGCAGGAAAGAUGAUAGAAGAUGGAAAAAUCCAUGCUGUUGAGCAUAUCAUCAGUCCCAUUGCUGUCCAGCAGGAUCCAGCUAGUGCAGCGGCGGCAGCUGCAGCAGCAGCAGCUGUAAUACCAGCAGUUUCAACCCCUCCUCCUUUUCAGGGCCGCCCUAUAACUCCCGUGUACACCAUGGCUCCAAAUAUGCAGAGAAUUCCAGCGGCAGGAAUUUACGGAGCAAGUUAUGUUCCAUUUGCUGCCCCGGCUGCAGCAACAACAAUAGCCACACUACAGAAGAAUGCUGCUGCUGCCGCUGCUGCUGCAGCAGCUUAUGGAGGAUAUGCUGGAUAUAUCCCUCAGGCAUUUCCAACUGCAACAAUCCAGGUUCCAAUACAUGACGUCUACCCAACCUAUUGAGACUGCUUUCCA